CCACUGGCGGGCACCCAACUGCUUAUGAUAUAUCCAUAAUCCCUGAGAAUGAUCUAAAACCCUAGAACCCUCGAAACACUUCACCGCAAAAUCCCAAUCUCUCGUCAGCCUGCAAAUCCCGACUGUUUCUUUAGCACUCGGUGAUAACCCAAUGAGACCUCGCUUCAAUUCGUUUCACCAUCAACCCCAGCAGAAUGGAUUUCAGUCAAGUUCGGGGGGAAACCAGGGCACUAGCAACAUGAACAUGCUUAUGAUGCAACCUCAAAUGGGUAUUUUUAAUAUUAAUAGUAAUCCCAGUGUUAUGCCAUUGUUGAAUAAUGUUGGAUUCAUGAAUGGAGCUAACCAGCAGUUUUAUACGCCAAGUAAUAAUUUGGGGUUUCCUCAUUUCGGUCCAAUUUUGCCGAACCCGAAUAAUCUUUCGAUUAUCCAACAACUUCCUGCUCAAUUCAGUAACCCUUUGCACAAUCCGAAUCAGCCGAAUUGGUUGAAUUUCCCCCAACAAAGUAAUAUUGGUUUGACAAAUGGGCAGCCGCCGCCGCCGCCGCAGCAGCAGCAACAGCAACAACAGCAGCUUUUUUUACAGAAUCAGUUGCAGAAUCUGAGUCGGCUUUUAAAUGUUCAACUCCCUCAUCUCUCACAGCUUGUUUCUGGUGGUCAAGCAAUGGGAUGUCUCAAUCCUACUGCUGUUCAGAAUCCGCAUUUCGGGUUUAUGCAGCCAAACCCGAUGCAGCAGCAAACUUUAUCCGAUGUUAAUGCAUCCAAUUUGUCUUCUGCAGCAGCUUCACAAGUACAAGGAGACCCUUCUUUGAGAAAGCCAAUGAGCGGUCCCGGUAAAAAUGGUCAGAACGUGAACAAAUUUUCCGGAAGAAAUGCUAAAAGGGAUGCAAAAUUGGGAUUUCAGAAGUCUAAGUUCCAGCAGCCUCGGUUCCAUCAAGCAGAUAAUGCAAAGAGAACAUUUGCAUCUUCUAAUGGACAUAAGAAAAAAGGUUAA